GCCGAGGGAACGCGCGCGCGCGCAAAGCUUGCGAGGGAGCGUUCGGCCGCGCGGUGCUGUGUGGGAACCAGGCGGCGCUUGGGCUUCCCCGCCUCCCCCCCCUCCUCCUGGGUGCGGAGCGCCGCCGCUGAGGGAGGCAGGCGAGGCAAGGCAGGGCGGGCGGGCGAGUGAUAGCUAGCUAGGCGAUAGGGAGCGGGAGAAGAAGGGAACCAGAGCCUAGCAGGGCAUGAAGAUGGCGGACGCCAAGCAGAAGCGGAACGAGCAGCUGAAGCGCUGGAUCGGCUCCGAGACCGACCAGGAGCCGCCGGUGGUGAAGCGCAAGAAGACCAAGGUGAAGUUCGACGACGGCGCCGUCUUCCUGGCCGCCUGCUCGAGCGGAGACACCGACGAGGUGCUCCGGCUGCUGGAGCGAGGCGCCGACAUCAACUACGCCAAUGUGGACGGGCUCACCGCGCUGCACCAGGCUUGCAUAGAUGAUAAUGUAGAUAUGGUGAAAUUUCUGGUGGAAAAUGGAGCCAAUAUUAAUCAACCUGAUAAUGAAGGCUGGAUACCUCUACAUGCGGCUGCUUCCUGUGGAUAUCUUGAUAUAGCAGAAUAUUUAAUUAGUCAAGGAGCACAUGUAGGAGCUGUAAAUAGUGAAGGGGACACUCCAUUAGAUAUUGCUGAAGAAGAGGCAAUGGAAGAGUUGCUUCAAAAUGAAGUGAAUCGGCAAGGUAAUUUUAAAGGUUUACUACAUAAAAAAAUUUAUGACUUUCUUCCUGCUAUCAUGCCUGUGGUGGACUCUGUAGAUCCUGCAUCAUGGAGGCAGGGCUUACGUAAAACUGGCAUUAUUCUUGUUCCCAGUAAAGGGCAAAUAUGUCAACGAGAAGGGCACAGACAUACUCCAUUCCUGUCAAAGUUGUGGAAUUACUCAUUUUGUGGCCUGUGUAUGUACACUUCCAAAUGUUUGACUGCACAGAGGACACUUGGAAGAACAAGACUUACAGAAAAGCAACCCUGUGUUUUACAGUUCCCAACUUCAACUAAGGUUUCUCCCAAAGAAGAAGAGAGAAAAGAUGAGUCUCCUGCUUCAUGGAGACUAGGUCUUCGAAAGACUGGCAGUUAUGGGGCACUGGCAGAGAUUACAGCUAGCAAAGAAACACAGAAAGAAAAGGAUUCGACAGGAGUUAUGCGAUCAGCUUCAAGCCCUAGAUUGUCCUCUUCAUUAGACAACAAAGACAAGGAUAAAGAUACAAAAGGAACUAGGCUUGCAUAUGUUGCUCCUACAAUUCCAAGACGGCUGGCCAGUACAUCUGACAUUGAAGAGAAAGAAAACAGGGAUACGUCAGCCAGUUUAAUACGUGGUAGUGGUUCUUACACAAGAAGAAAAUGGGAAGAAGAUGCAAAGAAAAAUAUCUCAAAUGAAGGAUCUUCACCACUAAACACAACCUAUCAAAGAAGUGGUUCCUUUGGUAGAAGACAAGAUGACUUGAUUAGUUCUAGUAUUCCAAGUAUUACGUCAGUAUCAACAGUUACCUCCCCCGCUGGUCUUCAGAAAAGCCUGCUUUCCAGCACAAGCACUGCUACAAAGGUUACAACGGGUUCAGCAACAGCAGGCAUACAAAGCAGUACCUCAAAUCGUUUAUGGGCUGAGGAUAGUACUGAGAGAGACAAAGACAAUGUUCCUACAGCAGUGACCGUUCCUGUUGCACCAUCAGUUGUAAAUACUGCGACUACCACAGCCUUGACUACAACUACUUCUGGCACUGUGUCCUCAACUUCAGAGGUCAGGGAGAGACGCAGGUCAUACCUCACUCCAGUUCGGGAUGAAGAAUCUGAAUCCCAAAGAAAAGCUAGAUCAAGGCAAGCAAGGCAGUCCAGAAGAUCCACUCAGGGGGUAACGCUGACUGAUCUUCAAGAAGCCGAAAAAACUAUUGGCAGAAGUCGUGGUACACGAACCAGAGAGCAAGAAAAUGAAGAAAAAGAAAAGGAGGAAAAAGAAAAACAGGACAAAGAAAAACAGGAAGAAAAGAAAGAAUCUGAAUCUAAAGAUGAUGAUUAUAGACAAAGAUACACACGGACCAUAGAGGAGCCAUAUCAUCGUUAUAGAACUACACCUUCAACUACUUCAUCAACUUCUUCAGUUGCCACAUCUAGUUCUUCAAGCCAACUAAACAGACCAAACAGCCUUAUAGGUAUAACUUCUGCUUACUCCAGAAGUGGAGCAAAGGAAAAUGAGAGAGAAACAGGGAAGAAAGAAGAAGAAAAAGAAGAAGAUAAAUCACAGACAAAAUCAAUAAGGGAAAGGCGACGGCCAAGAGAAAAACGAAGAUCUACAGGAGUUUCUUUUUGGACUCAGGAUAGUGAUGAAAAUGAACAAGAACACCCAUCUGAUUCAGAAGAGGGAACAAAUAAAAAAGAAACACAGGGUGAAAGCAUUUCAAGAUAUGACACAGGGUCAUCAGGAGAUCGUUACGAUUCAGUACUAGGACGGACUGGAUACAGUUACUUGGAAGAUCGCAAAUUAUAUUCCAGCAAGCUAGAAAAAGAAGAUACAACAGAUUUUAAAAAGCUUUAUGAACAGAUUGUAGCUGAAAAUGAAAAAUUGAAAGCACAAUUGCAUGAUACCAACAUGGAACUGACGGAUCUCAAACUACAGUUGGAAAAGGCAACUCAGAGGCAGGAAAGAUUUGCUGAUAGGUCUCUGCUAGAAAUGGAAAAAAGGGAAAGAAGAGCUCUAGAAAGGCGGAUAUCUGAAAUGGAAGAGGAACUCAAAAUGCUACCAGACCUGAAGGCCGAUAACCAGAGGCUAAAAGAUGAAAAUGGGGCCUUGAUCAGAGUUAUCAGCAAGCUUUCCAAAUAAAAUUGUUUACUCCAGCUGCAAAUCAUGGGAUUGCACAUAAUUAGUAUCUCCAGUGGACCAUAGCAUGGAAGUCACUGGAAGUCUGGGAAGAUUUCUUGGAGACUGUCAUUUUCAGAUAUUCUGCCAAAUGCCCUCUUACCUGGGUGUGUGUUUUUUUUAACCAAGAUCAUUGUUUCAUGUGUUAAAGCAGCUGCUGAGAAGACAUAAUGACUGAGAAAUCUUGUUUACAGCUACUGCAUAUAAGGAAAGUGUUCAAGGCCAGAUAAGCCUCAGAUAUUUAACCAGUAAGCCUUAGUUGUACAUAAACACAUGCAUCAAAAAAAGCUUUCUGCUACCACAGACAGUUACUUUUAUUUUGUUGUGUCACGGUUCCUGGUUUUUUUUUCCUAUCCUGCAGUUUUUCUCUCUUACAUCUUAAGUUUGGAUUUGUGUGUGUUUCCUUCUAAUUAUUCAUAUACCAGAUUUUUUCGUUGUACAGUAUUUUCACAGCUUUACAUUUACACACCCCUUUAAAAAUGCAACAUGUAGCUAACUAAGCCUGUAUUGUCCAGCCAGCCAGCCCAAAACAGAGAGGUUUUGUGGAACCUUUGCUUUCACUGUUGUGCAAUAUGCAUUAUUUCCUAUAAAAGAUGCUUUAAAAGUCAGUUGCAAGUAGAUUGGUUAUUUUAAAACUCCUGUCUUCUGCCUUUAUUGGUCACUUUUUAAAAGAAAAGAAAAAGGUUUGUAGUGCAAGUUGUUAGAUCCUGUAACCAUCACAUUCAUUUUAGCAGGUACUAAGUGAUGCUGUAUAUAUUAAUGUAUAUUGUUUGGAGUUUUCAGACCACCACUUGACAUGCUUGAAUAUAUUUCCCUAUUGCAAUUGUGUGUUAAAACAAAAUAGGCUGCUCCACAGUAGUGUUUAACAAAGUCCAUUUGGUUUAAAUUUAGAAAUUCUACUUUGUAUGGAGUCAGUCUUUACAAAAAAUUGAAACUAAAAACAAUAUUUUAUCCCCUUCCAUUUUUUAUUUGAGUGAUCACCCAUAAUAAAACUUAAGUAUAACUUCUUCACUACAUUUCACAUAUCUGUGUUUGAGUGCUGUCUGAAACUGUUGUGCUAGCCAAAGUAAUCUUUAAGUCAUUUGAAAGCCCUAACCUAUUCAUUUACGUGCACUGCUAAUGCCAUGUGAAGAGGCAUCUAAGUUGAUACCACCACGUUCAGACCAUUUUAUACAUUUCAGUGGCCUUUUAAAAAGUACUCCGGUGAAGAUAGCUUUUGUUAGAAAACAAACAGCUUUUAUAUUUUCACUAAAACCUACUAAAUAUAACCAUCUUCUGGCCUACAGACUAUUGCCUAAAAACCACUGAACAGCUCAGCCAUUAAAAUAAAUUGUAUAUUGUAAAGCUUGUAGUAGCUAUUGUAUUAUUGAUUAUAUUGUAUACUAUAUUAAAUGUGAAUUUGUACCCCUUCAUUUUAAAAGGUCAUUGUGUUCUACUUCCUACUUCUUGGGGAUGGGACUCACUUCAUUUUGGGGUGGGCAAAAGAGAACAACUUGUUUGGGGCAAGGAGGACGUGAGUCCCCUUCAUAGGGUUGGGUGAUUUGGGGAGGGGGGAGGGAGGUUUUUUGAAGAUGUAAGGUUUUGCUCUUACUACCAAGCUCAGGAUUCUUGAUUUUAAAGGUACAAGGAUAGUUCUGGGAUAUCUUGUUACAGUAGGUCUGUAUGAGUCAUAAGUUUGAAGGUGGACAUAUUUCAUGGUCUUAAGCUAAUACAAACCAAGGAGAGAAAAUAUCCAUCUGAAUGGCUGCAACACGCUGCAUAGUGCUGUUGAAUUGUUAGGCAUACUGUGGAUUAUAUUUGGUCAAGUUUUGGAUGCCUGUGAAUGAUUAAAUGUGUAUCUAAUAUUUUAGUGUUUUAUAUAUAGGUUAUUUAUUCUUUAAAAACUGAAUGGCUACUGUGUUACGUUGAUUUUAUUGGUAGUAUUGAGCAGACCUUGCAUCUGCAUGAAACUACUUGCAAAACCCACUAUUUUGCAAAAAAAAAUGUAUUUUGACAUAUACAAAUAAAAUGAAUAAAACUAUUUUAAAUGUGUGGAUUUUACUGAGAAGACAUUUUAAACGUGAAUUUGGUAUUUAAAUUCUUUGUGGUCAUUUUUUUAUUGCUUCACUGGGAUGCAAAGUACUUUUCAGAGAUUGUAAUCAAAUUGUGUUUGCACAGCUGUAAAUGCAACAGUAAAAAUGCCAUAUUUAUGCAAUCUGUAACAAAAUUGAAAAAUGUUUAUAUAUUUUACAUAAACCUGUCUGCAUGGAGAAACUA